AUGGAGCAAAAUCAAUCAAAAAACCAAAAAAAAAUUAAAAUUAAAAAAAGUCAGAAACCAUUAGUUGUAAGUAAUAGAAAACCAUUUAAUGUUUCUGAGAAAAAAAAAAAUUCUAAGCCUCAAGUAAGAGAUCCAAGAUUUUCUGAAUUUUCAGGUGCAUUUAAUCCAAAUUUUUUUAAAAAAGCUUAUAAAUUUUUAUAUGACUCUAGAGAGGAAGAAAAGAAAUUAAUAGAAAAAAAAUUAAAAAGCAAAAAUUUGAAAGAGGAAGAAAAAAUAGAAUUAAAAAAAAAGUAUAAUAAUUAUAAGAGUGUUGAUGUGUUAUUAAAAAAAAAGGAGGAAGAAAGGAAACUAAAAUUGCAACUAGUAAAGGAAGAAAAGGAAAAGAUUUUAACAAAAAAUAAAAAACCAUUUUAUUAUAGUGAUAGGAAAAUAAAAAAAAUGGUAGAAGAGAAGUUUUCAAAUAAUAAGAGUAUAAAAAAAGUUACUAAAAAAGAAAAAAGAAUUUUACAAAAAGAAAAAAAGAAAAAUAUGAUACCAGCAAGAAGAUAUUUUGAAAAUACUUGA